AUGAGGCUUCUGAGUUUUCUGAAUCUGGUGAUACUUCUGGUCGCCGCCAUCGCGGUCGUCUUCCUCCCCUCCGGUAAGCCAGAGCAACGGACUCGCACAGUUUUGCCACUUCAGGUUUAUUGAACCGUCUGAACGGUGCAGGAGCGGGGGCGUACGUCUGCAUGGAGAAGACAUGCGACGACUUCCGCCUUUGCGACGAGCUCUGCCGGCGCCUGUUUCCCGGCGGCGGCGGGAGUUGCGACCCCCCGCUCUACCUCUGCUGCUGCAAGACCCCAUGA